GCAAGUGCACGUGCGUACGUGCCUGCCUGCCUGCUUGCCUGCGUGCAUGUGUGCAUACGUGCGUGUGUGGUGUGUGUUUGUUUGUUUGUUUGUUUGUCUCUCUGUCUGUCUGUCUGUCAGUCCAUAUAUUUCUUUAUUACAAUACUUUAUUGCAGUCCACGCUAAAAUCAGCGAGUUCUAAGACAACUAAAGAAAUUAUAUGCUGUCUAUCUGUCUGUCUGUCUGUCUGUCAAGUUAAAUGGUCAUGCUGCCGCGACAAGAGAAAAAAAGGAAAUGAAAAAAUAUAUUCAGAAGAGCUUGUUCCAGGAGGAUAUGUAUCAAGAUUUGUUCCUCUUGUGAUAACAUUUUGGGAAGUGGGGCACAAAGGCAGAGUAUUUUUUGUAGCAUUUGUCAAAACAGUCAGUAAAUCCAGAAGCCAAUUCUAAUGCUUCCAUGUUCAUUUUGUAUUGGAGAAAAAGAUUUUCUACAAUUCUGCAAAGAUGCAAUGCCAAAGUUAUCGUUAGAAAACUUUCGAAACUGUCACGUUAUCAUGGUGAUUUAGAUAGAUUAUUUGAUUUUGACGUUCAAUUUUAAGUCCAUUAGUUAAUGACUUUGUUAUUUGCAAGGAUUGAUUUGUAUUAAAAAAUCUUAGCAUAUGUACAAGUAGAAUCUUUAUGAGAAUAAAUUAUCUGUUUGUCUGUUAUUGUAGAGUGGAUUCACAGCAUUGCAUUGGGCCUGUCUCCACAAUCACUCCAAAGUUGUUCGUAUUCUGUUAGAGAAUGGAUGUGAUAUGAAUAUAAAAGACAAUGCACGAGAAACUGCACUGCAAUUGGCUGAGAAAUACAAGAGCAAAGAUGCUGCGGAUGCAAUCAAGUUAUUUACUGACAAUACCUCAUCUCCAUUGCCGUUGGUUGUCAACUCAUCAUCUGCUCUGUCUGAUGACUGGAAGAUUAUGGAAACAACAACCACAGCACCAAAAGGAGUUGCACGACCAGUGGCAUCAGUUGCAGAAAACAUUGGCACAGAAGGAGGAUUAUUGCAAUCAGAUGGUGUGUCAAUAGUGGUACCUGAAGGAGCAGUUUCUAUUCCUACCAAAUUCUCCAUUGACAUAUAUUUGGAUGAACAACUGAUGCCACCAGUCAAUGAAGAAGAGGUGGUGGUCAGCCCUGUUGUUCACAUCUCCUCAUCACAAUCUUCUCACAAGUUCAACAAACCCGUGCAGCUGUCUCUUCGACCCGAAGUAGCACUGAAACCAAGGGAGCACGAGACCGGAUGGCUGUUAGAGCUAAAGAUGAGUGAAUCGUCAACUGAAGGCAAGCCUACUAAAUGGCACACUGCGUUGCUCCUCAACACCGACACAGAAGAAGUGGAGACACAGUCAUCAUCCAUUCAGUAUGAUCCAAAAACUCAGUCACUUUAUGUCAGUGAUGUCGGUUUUAUUGUAUGGCUUGGCAAGGCACUUGGGAUCCAGUCUAUGCGAGACGUACGCUAUGCUCUAUUUGGCCAACAGCUGCAGCUACACAAUUGGAAGAUUGCCGCUCACAUCGUCCAUGGCGCAAUGUCCACCUACAAUGAAAUAGCUGAAAAUAUGAAAUCAAAGUCUUAUGAAGAGCUAACAGUUCCUAUCAAGGAUCGCAUUGGUUUGAAUGGUAAAGUUUGCGUGUCAAUUGAAUGUUGUGACCCAUGGCAAAUGGAUUUGGGAAAAGCAGUCACUCACAUUCCAACUAGACGCAUUUGGAAUAGUCGAAAGGAUGCAGCAUGUUAUUACGAGUUUACAUUACAAGAUAGAGAGAGAAGCUCUGACACUCUAAAGUGUACAGUGCAGGCAUCAUUUGAGCACGACAAGCAGAAAAAGUCUGAUGACCCUUCUGAUCCUGUCACUUUGAUUGUUGCUCAUCCAUUGACUAAACCUCGUAUUACAGAAAUAACAACAGGUGAUAUGACGGCACAUGACACAAUACUGAAUGGUGAUGAUGAUAUUUCACAGUAUGCCAAAAUAGUAACAAGAAACAGUGACAAAUUAGGAGGAUUCUUGCUUGGAUGGUCGGCCAUUCCAGUCGAUGUGAUAAGGGAUGUCAGUCAUCUUGUUAAAGAUAUUGGUAUCUCACAUCUUGCCAAAUCUCUUCUGAGCGAUGAAUCAGUUGGGAAGGAAUUAAAGAGCAUUUUACAGUCGAGAGAGUCAGUCUUUACUAUCAUUAAGUUAUGGAUCGAAGAGCAAAAGGACAAAGCUACGUUGGAUAAACUAUUUCGUUCUCUGCACACUCAAGAUUUAUUCCAUUUACUGCAACAAAGACUGGAUGAGCGCAUGCAAACUCAAAAGCCUCAGAAAGUCGGUAUAGCUCGCUUUUAUCCUUCUGUGCUAUUUGAUGUUGUGAAAGAUCACGGGGCAUCUCGCUAUCUGCCAUUAGGCCUGGAAAUUGGUCUAACGUAUGAUCAAGUGACUGUUGCAGCAGAAGGUUGCCCAUACUCUGACAAACUUUUAGCUCUCUACAUGACAAAAUGCAAAGAAGUUGGAGAACAUAGAGCGGCUGCUCGCCUGGUGACAGCAGCUGAUAAAAUAUCUAUUUUGGGGUUUGUGGAGGAUGCUUUGCCAGGAGUGAAGGCAGCGUUGGAAGAAUCUUGCUUCUACAGUGAUGUGUGUUCACAUGUAAAAGAAGUAGAAGAAACAACAGCAGCAGUAGCUGUUUGUGACAAUGACGAGCUUCACGCUGAAAUAGAAAGGCGAUCAGCAUCUGGGACGUUACAAAACAGGGAAACGUCCGGAAGCAAUCAGCAGUUGUUGCUACCCGUACAGGCAGAGUUACAGGAUGAAGUGGAGGCCAAACAGAAGCUAGAAGCUGCUUUGACUGCUGCAGAGACGAAACUGCGAGAAAGUGAGAUGUUGAAUCGUGAUGUCAACGAGCGUAUGAAUUCUCUACAGAAGGAGUUGGAUAUGAUGAGAUCGAAGAAUCAAGGCUACGUCAGCAGUCAAGAAUCUGCAAUGUCAUUUAGAACAUUCUCGAACAGCACCGGUCUUUCAGACAAACGAGUGGAACCAAUAGCGACUAGCUGUCCAAUGUUAUCAGAACCAGCUACUCCAACACGUUUGCCAUUAAAUGAAUCAGCAGUUGCAUCUGCAGUGGCAACUGCUUCAUCUGCUUUGAAUGCUGAUCUGUAUGCUGGAGAGAUUAAGGAAGAGGAUGAAUCCGAGUCGACUUCGGCACCAGAGUCGCCGGCUAUCACACUACCGAAAACGAAAAAAGUGAUUCCAUCACCGAAGAUGCCACAUGGCAAACCACAUCAUUUUCAAGUGGAGACAUUUCGUAAGCCGACAAAAUGUCAUUACUGUACAUCAAUCAUGAUCGGACUUUUCAGACAAGGCAUGUGUUGUGAAGUUUGUCAUUAUUCGUGUCAUUUCCAAUGUGCCAAAAAGGUGCCCUACCCUUGCCCUACAUCUUCAGACAAGAGCAUGAGAUUGUCUGGUAUCGAUCCUAAGAAAGGCAUCGGAACUGCAUAUGAAGGAUGGGUGAAGGUGCCCAAGCCGGGUGGCGUCAAGAAGGGAUGGUUGAGACAGUAUGCAAUCGUGUGCGACUUCAAACUUUUUCUGUAUGAACCGACAACUUUGCAAGGAAAGGAGAAUACCGUCUCAGUCAGCAUUGUUACAACAGUCGACAUGAGAGACGAGAUGUUUGAGGUUGGCGGCGUGCAGAAGUCCGAUGUCAUCCAUGCGCGUUCUGAAUUGCUUUCCAGCAUUUUCAAGGUUGUUGCGUCUGCAUACAAUACGAAUGGGCCUCAGGCUCAGCUGCUUGUGUUGACCGAGAGUCCGAACGAGCAGCGACAAUGGGUGAACAUGUUGAGAGAGCUAAAGAAGGAGCUGUCACAGAUGGAGCAGCCGGUGAAAAUGAUCUAUAUUGCGAAAGAGGUGUAUGACAGUUCGCAGUUGAAGUUUUUAGGAAAGACGACUUGUGCAGCUGUUGUCGAUUCUCAUAGAAUCGUUGUUGGAACAGAGAAGGGUCUCUGUGGUGUUAAACUGGCAGAUGAUGCUCUCUCUGUAGGUGUUGUUCUAUUUGGAGAGGAAGAGUGUGUUUACCAAUUAGAAGUCAUUCUAGAUGAACAACUCAUUGCCGUCUUAUCGGACUUUUUUGUAGGUCGACAGAAACACGUGCGGCUUUACCCUCUACCUGCUCUGGACGGCCAGCAGCUGGAGGGAGUCGUCGAAGUCCAGGAGUCGAAGGGAGCACAAGUGUUUGCUUGGGGUUCGAUCCGAGUCAGCGCACUGAACGGUCUCUGCGUGGCAGUUAAGAAGAAAGUGUACGUUUACGAGCUGUACAAUACGUUGAAACACAAAAAGAUCAAGGAGAUAGUGACGCAGAGGGAGGCGCAAUGGAUGGGCGUAUUCAAUGGGAAACUCUGUGUUGGGUACACGUCCGGCUUCAUUCUAUACUCAGUUCAAGGAGAAGGACAAGCCACGAGUCUCAUUCAUAUAGACGACCUUUCACCUGAAUUUGUGACGCUCAACAAUCGUCUGGAUGCGAUGUGCUGCAUUGAGUUGGACCAGGAGAAAGGAUAUCUUUUCUGUUUUAACAUGGUUGGUGUCUACGUCGACGCUCAAGGCCGCAGAGCAAGAAGACAAGAACUCAUGUGGCCGUCAUUGCCUCUUUCGAUAUCUUAUUCGGCUCCUUACGUUAUUGUGUGCAGUCAGAACACAGUGGACAUCUUUGAUGUCCAAACGGCGGAAUGGCUUCAAACUCUCCAUCAAAAGAGGACGCACGCGCUCUGUCGUGACGGGUCGCUCGUUCUGUGGCACGGCUCCGACACUUUGAAGCUUCUCUUCUUGAAAGGCGUCCAUUUGGACGAUUCCGACGCCAAACUGUGCGUUCCGGACGGAAAUUGUCGAGGUCGGCGAGUGGUCGUUAGUGACAAGCGAGCAAGCAAGCGAUGGUUUUCUUUACAACGUAUUUUGGGGGGGAGUGGAGCACGCACGACGAUAUCGUAUCCGAGUGAUUUCAGACAUAUUCAACACUAUAGCCCGGAUGACGCUCUGGCCAUUCUUGCGAGCAACGAAAAUCCCAACAAGCUCGGAGGAAAGCCGACUCGGGCAUUGAGUGCCGUCGCCUUGCCCGUCGCCUCCACGACUCGACCUGCGAGGCCAGCACCGAGCUUACCCGUCUUGAAAUCGUCGUCGCUCUCUCCUUCGUCUGGCAUUCUGUCAUCGCCAUCAAACGGUCCGAACGACAGCGUCGCCAUACCGCGCCAUCUUUCUGAUCAGCCAUUGCUGCACAACGAGAACAUCCUGCAGGUCGACCCGACGACAGGCCAUCAUCGGUCCAUGCAUCGGUCGUCAUUCGGCAGCGUCGGCUCGUCGUUUCCGCACUCAAUUCAUGAGAACUCGCCAUCAAACGUGUCACAGUCGAGCGACAUGUUGCCGACCGACGAGCCGCCGCCGCAGCUGCCAGUCGACGAUUUCGACGACGGUCGGCAGUCACGUGACGGCGCCGUUGACGUUGGGCAAGACACGGUGUCAGCCGGUGACAGCGAGGGCUCUCCGCCGUCCGCCUAUACGUUUCCUUCGACGGAUAAUUAAGAACUAGACAAGGUGGACACGUUCAAGACAGAUUAUUGAUGUGAAGUAUUGCGGUGUGAGAUAUUGCUAGGUCUAGACUGUGACGGUGCGUGUGAUUAAAUGCGUAACACAUUGAAGUGUGCAUGAAUCUCUAUGAUUUAUUUGCAGGGGUGUGUACAACGGGGUGUAGUACUUUAGUGUAGUUUGUGUGGAUUGGGUUGAAUUUUCGUGCGGACGCGAGCUAUUGCAAUUAAAGAUACGGAUUAAUAUGCUGUGGA